AGAGGACUUCAUAUUAAAAUUUUUGUAAUGGUGUAGUGAAUAUCAGUGGAACUUAUUCAAUAUUGACAAGGAAAUAGAUCAGAAUAAUAAGAAUUGGGUUUUCAAUAAGGCACAACGUAACGAUGGGUUCAGCAUUUGAAAUUUCAUUAAUCUUUUGGAUUGCGCUUUAUUUUUCCCUCACCACUUGCAUAAAUGGUGAUUCUUAUGUUUGCAAAAAAGUGAAGUGUGGAUGUGAAUUUAGUACUAAAAAUGGAACCUAUAAAAUUUCAAUGGACAAAAUCAGCAAGAAAGGAACUUAUUUCAAAGAAAUUAGAAAUGGCUACUGGACCUACUUUGUUGAUCCAUGUUAUGGGUUUACAAUGAACACUAUUUGUACGGGGGUCAGACUGUGCCAAUUUGCAGACGGACAGUCUUUUCCUAUUGCAAAAGAUAUAAAAAGUUAUGGUGAUUAUAAUGAAGACCAGAGAUCAUUGACAGUUAAAUAUGCACCGGUUACCUUUCAAGGGGCAACGCGUCAUUUGGAAUUAAUUUUGGUAUAUGACAGCGCAACCUCGGUAACGGUGUAUCAAUCAAGUGACUUUGAUUAUAAAGUCGCAAUAAAAUCACCAAGCAUUGUUCCUCAAAAAGUUCAUCCAGGUUCAAAUCAGGACAAAUCAAGCAGCCUCAGAACUGGCAGCAUCCCUUUCGAAGUCUAAUCUAAUCGCACUCUAACUGGGGUCACAACUAGGGGUCUCAUAGCUUUCAGCUUUUAUUAAACGCCUCUGCAUGGGGUUUAAUCCAGAUGUAGAAGUGUGUGUGUAAUUUUUUUUUAUUGUAAAACAGUGUUGCCUCUUCUCACAGGGCUAUUAGUUUGUAACACUAUUCUGUGCUACCCUCAUUCAAUAAAGAGUUUACUUACUUA